CAGGCGGCUGAGCGCAGCCCCAACGUGAGAUCAGACCGGCCCUGCGCUUCACACCGCUCUGGGCGCCGACAUCUCGCUGAGUGUUGGGACGACGCACAGGGCAGGGACCCGUGGGCAGCGGCUAGUCCCGCUUCCUACUGGGGAAGUCCCAGGGACGGCCAGCCCGCCGUCUAACGCGAAACUUCCUGGGGGCGGGGCUGUAUUCACGACAGCUAAGGGCUGCGGAAUUUAGUUGCUCUCCCUGCCUCAACUGCGCAUCUUUGCGGCAGUUCCAGACCCGGCCGUAAAGCCGCGCGGGUCGCAGACGUAGCGCGCGCGCCAAACUCGGCCCGCGAAACGAAUCCGCUAGUCGCGCGGCGCUACCGAGGUGCCAGCGGCGGGAUGGGGCUGCUGGAGCAGUGCGAGGCGGCGUUCGGCGCCGCCGACCUCUAUCAAGUGCUGGGCGUCAGACGGGAGGCCUCGGGGGAUGAGAUCCGCCGCGGCUACCACAGGGUCUCGCUGCGGGUCCAUCCGGACCGCGCGGCCCCAGACCGCAAGGAGGAGGCGACCCGGCACUUCCAGUUCCUAGGCAAGGUGUAUGCGGUACUGAGUGACCAGGACCAGCGGGCGCUGUAUGACGAGCAGGGGAUUGUAGAUGAGGAGUCAGACGUUCUGAGCCAGGACCGCGACUGGGAGGAAUACUGGAGACUGCUCUUCAAGAAGAUCACCAUAAAAGAUAUUGAAGACUUUGAAAAGAAGUACAAAGGUUCAGAAGAAGAGCUGGCUGAUGUUAAAGCAGCAUAUGAAGAUUUCAAGGGAGACAUAGACAAAAUUAUGGAAUCUGUGCUGUGUGUUGAUUAUACAGAUGAGCCAAGAAUAAGGAAGAUCAUACAACAAGCCAUUGACUCUGGAGAAGUUCCAUCCUACAAAGUCUUUGUAAAAGAGUCUAAGCAAAAAAUGAAUGCAAGGAAAAGGAGGGCUCAAGAAGAAGCUAAAGAGGCAGAAAAGACCAGAGAAGAACUCGGUCUUGGUGAUGGGGAAGAUGACUUGAAAGCACUAAUUCAAGUGGACCAUGCUGCUCUGAUCUGUGCUUCUGUCACCUGUAGAGCAGAAAUAAAGAUAGAAAAAAAGAAAUAGAUGACUUUCUGGCUCAAAUGGAAGCAAAGUAUGGAAACAAUUCCAAAAAAGGAGGAAAGAAAACAGCACCCAAGAAGGCAAAGAAAUAGUUAUCUAUUGACUUUCUAGCCUUUAUGUCAAUCCACAAAUGAACACCUAAGUUCCAGUGAAUCUCUGCAACCUUCCUGACUUCCAGUGUAGAGCACAUGCGCAUCAAUUCAUUGUGGCUGGGAAGAUAUGAUAGCAAGUGAGAUGAAAACAAACUUUUUGGUGACACUAUUUUAAAUCUUCUCCUAAAUUUUAGUUAGGAUUAAAUAGGUUAUUGGAUUACCAUUGUGCUCCAGAUAAGGGUUGUAAAUGUACUAUUUGGGAUCUAUAUGUCUGUCAAAAUUUGAAUUGUGUAAGCACAUCAGAACCCAACUAGUGAGACUGUUGGUGGCAAAACAAUGUAAUUUAACAGGAUUGAUAGUCUUAAAAAUGUUGGUCUAUGUGGCAUGUUACCUGAAUAUCUUAUUUUCUAGUUCUGUUCAUGCUUACCAGUUUCCUCUGUAAUAUCCUGUUGCUCUUCUUAUGGUCUUUGCACUUCUGUUCAGCAGGGCAAGAGUUUUUCAAUAUUUGUGGUUUUAUUAAAGAUAUUUUUGAAAGCUAGCUUAAAUAAAAAUGUUUUUGCAAAACC